AACGCGGCCCAGCAGCGGCAAAUACCCGCUCGCGAGCAUUGCUCGCCACGCGUCUCAUCCUGCAACCAGAGGCGGAAGAGGGGGGGGGGACCCUUGGCCGGGCCGGCGCUGCUGAGCAUCCACCCCAAGGCCACCCCUCGCCCUUCUGCACCGCCUUCUGUCGCCUCCCUGGCAGCGUCGGGUUUCCAACCCCUUGGCAGCCUAUGCGGGCUGCUGGCAGAUAGCAAGGAAGCGUUCGUGACAAGUCGCCCGCUCUCGCUGGCCGUCGUUUCCGGUCGAGGUACAGCACCAUCCAAGUUCCGUCGUCAACAUCCUGCCCAACCGACCAACGCCACCCUUGUAGUGGCCCAGACGACACCUUACCAGGACCACAAUCUCCGUGGCACUUUGUUCAGACGGCUCUUCCCGACCCUGUGAAGAGGCGGUAAGCUCCCUUGAUACCGCUGUCUGGCCACGCAUCUGGCCGUGGCCGUACUACUACUUAUAGUUGAACGUGACCAACGCUUUCGGGCUCGUCCCGCCUCCUCCAUGACGCUCCAUCGUCUGUAUAUUAUUCAUCUUCGAAGAACGCGAUUCUCUAGUGUCAUAGGAGCAGCUCGCUUGUCUAUCUCUCAAGGUUCGUUGCUCAAGCAGGCCUCGGCCACCGGCCUUCUUCAGCUAUGGUGGACUGUUUGGGCCCUUCAGCUGCCCUUCUCCAACUCGAGAGCCGCCGCCGCAACGUCGCACACCGCGCGCUUCUGUUGGCAUCCACCGCCAGUGCCGCCAUGCCGAUAGACGGGCAGCCGCCGCUGAUCGAAGGCGUCCGAAACCUUCUCGUCUCCGUGAUCCCCGAAGCAGCGCCCAAAGGCCUCGACCUCGUCCCAGCCAUAGGGCCCCACCUGAAUUACCACGCGGAAGCCGCACUUGAUGGAGCCGAUUUGACGCUGUCCUUUUCUCUCCGGGCGUCGAGGCUCUUGCGCUCUGAGCGUUCUGCCAUGAGGUCAGAGGUUGCCCUCUUACAAUGGCUGGCCAAACCUGGCGAGGGCCUCCUGUCCCCGUCACUCGCCAGCAGAUCGGGCCAGUUGAAGCAAGACGGGGUUUAUUGUAGCCACUGCGGCGGACAUCAUCAGACAUGCGAUGGCGCCACAGGCACGCUGCUGCCCUUCCUACCUCGGCUGAUCAAGUAUGGGACUGCAAGAGACAUUGGCCAGGGCGAAUACACCAUCACAAGGCCGGCUCCGGGUACGAGUAGAGCGGCGCUGGCGGCGCCACCCUACGCCGCCCAGGAAGACGACCUCGAUCUCCAGACUGGGCGCCUGCUGCGAUGCAUAUCAUCUCAAGUCUCCCCCAAUGGCAAGUUCGGCACCGCAUUCGCCGUUUUGUCGCCCCAAUCAGGCGGCGAUGAUAGCGUUGGCCACAUGGGAGAGAGGCCGUCGACGCCAGAUCGAGAUGCGCGCUACGAGACAUGGUCCGACGCAUUCAUUUCUCUCCUGGAGUCGGCUCUUCGCGAUGCCGAGGACUUCAAGGUCGCCAUUCGAUACGAGGCAAUCAGGGACCACGUGAGUCGAUUCAAGCAUUUCCUAGAUGCCGUAUCGGUGCCGCGUUUGGUUGUAGUCGAUGCCGGUGAAGAACACCAUACCCUUGUCUCUGCGCUUGGAAGCAAAGCGCACGCUGCCGAUUGGCAGUGCGACAUGCAUGGACCCGAUGAGCCUUUGCUCACAGCCAGGCACCCGACGGAUUCCAUGGCAGAGACGAACGGUGAAGCGGCCACUGGUUCCGACACCGCAGCCAGCCAACCUAGGGUCGGCCAAAGGAGGGCGUCUGUGCCAUUGAUGGUGACAGGCAUCCGAGGGCUGGGAAACAGCGUCUUCGGGGACCCCCUAUUCGCUUCAGUUCUUAGCAGGAAUGACGCUGCAAAAAUUCGUUUUGGUUUCAUGCCCGCAAUGGCUGACCGACUCGAUGAUGCAGCCGCGUGCACUCACCACAGCAACCUUUUAGAGGAUGCAGGGCACGCCGAAGUCCGUCGCCUUCUCUACGAAUGCCACCAUGCGGUCAUUGCCAUAGUGAGGGAGUACUGCCGGAGGCAGAGUGAUAGUGAUGAUAGGGAAAUGCCUGCCAGGAAGAGGCUGACUCAGGCUCUUCGGAGGCUUGAUAGCAUGGACGAUGCGGGAGUCGUAUGGUGUCACCAUUCUGAUGACGAUGUCUAUCCGGUCAAGCGGCGGAGAUCGGACAACCAUGGGAGUGGCGACGGGUGAAACGUGAAUAGGCCGGGGUGAAGACGUCGCAGAGCCAAAGGGAACAGCGGCCCAGACAAACGGCACGCAGCAUGAAGUGGAAGCGAGCAUGUUCGUCCUGGAAUCUCGUUCAAGUCCUAAGCGUCGUCGUCUUCGUCCCGGG